CGCACCUGCCUGCCAGCCCCCUUCCCCGCAACUGGUGAGGGAGCUUAACACUUGCCCCCUUCCUCACUAACGAGCCAAGGGUGGGCAGAGACUCCCGGCACCAAGCCCUGGUAACUAUCUAGAAGCAGGUCUGCUCUUCCUCGCUGUGGAAUAGAGCCUCCUGGAGCUCCCUCAAUACCUGUUUAGGGGAGAGGCAUCCUCAGACCCCAGUUUCGGAGGAUUGCGAGAAUAACCCUUACCACCCCCUGCUACUGAGGAAAUUCCUUUCCCAGACCAGAUAGUAAGAGGGGAGUCUUCACAGAAGAAACCCCGUAUGCCCAAGAGAGGCAGUCCCCAAGACAGAAAUAAGCAGGAGCUCCAGGUACUUACCUAGUAAUUUUAAUUAUUUACAUCUGCUCACCAGGCAGCAGAGAAAGCAAAACAAGGGAGAGAAAGCAGAGGCAGAUUUAGAUAUUAUUCUUCCCUUUUCCAGUUGCUGUUAACCACGGGAGAUAAAGGUAAUUUCCAAUACUGACCUCAUCCUCCUUCAUCCCAAGGAAGAUCCCUCAUUCCCUAAUCCCAAGAGCGUUUUCUUCAGAUAUCCUGUGCAAGGAGAGAAGACACACCUCCCAGUUACAGGGAAAGGAAAAGGCAGAUUUCGCUGAUAAUAUCCACAGAGAUAGCAAGAAUUUUUUCGGAGAAAGAGAUUUGCCCACCCUUAAGGACAAGGUGCACCUAGAGGAAAGAGAAGAGAGAUUUACAGGUAGGGAGAUUGGGGAAAUUGGUCUCUGAAAUAAUCUGACAAUCAGUGAAAAGGCUGUCUCCCGGGGGAACACCCCUUUAGUAGUCAGCUGCCAAAAGGGAGAGAGGAUCUCCAUCCUGGGAUAAAAUCAGCAGUUUUAGGGGACUGACAAUCCCAAGCAGAUUGUUUUAAUACUCAAGAUCCUGAUUUCAUCCACAAUCCCUUCGCCCUCAAAAUAUUUCUUGAAGAAGCUCUUGGAAUAGCUGACAGCAACGCUCUGAGGAUGGGUCUCAGAGAAGGAGUGUGAAGGGAAGCACCCCAGAAACCAGCACUGAAGAUAAUCCACCUCCCUCCAGAAAAUCUUCCAGAGUGAAUACUCCUGCUUCCAGCAUCAUGGCCUCUGACCUGGAAAGCAGCCUCACUUCCAUAGACUGGCUCCCACAGCUUACUUUAAGGGCUACUAUUGAAAAAUUAGGGGGUUCCUCACAAGCAGGACCUCCAGGGACUGCCCGAAAGUGUCCCCCAGGCUCACCGACAGAUCCCAAUGCCACCCUGAGUAAGGAUGAAGCUGCAGUGCACCAAGAUGGGAAGCCACGUUACAGCUAUGCCACUUUGAUCACGUAUGCCAUCAACUCAUCACCUGCCAAGAAGAUGACGCUUAGUGAGAUCUACCGUUGGAUCUGUGACAACUUUCCCUAUAACCUAUAUCUCUUACUCUCUCAUCAGAACUCUAUUCGUCAUAACCUCUCCCUGAAUAAAUGUUUUCGGAAGGUGCCUCGACCAAGAGAUGAUCCUGGGAAGGGCUCUUAUUGGACAAUAGAUACGUGUCCAGAUAUAUCUCGCAAGAGGCGGCAUCCUCCAGAUGAUGACAUACCACAAGACUCCCCAGAGCAAGAGGCAAGUAAAAGCCCCCGAGGGGCUGUUCCAGUCAGCACAGAAGCCUCUUUGCCACCUGAGGCCACCCCUCAACUGUCUCUCCAGAGCACCACCCCCAUUCCCAGCUACAGUCAGGGUGCAGGGCCUGUGGAUGUUGCCUCUACUGUAGCAGGGGGGCAGGGCCGGGAAGGGGCCGAUGUGCCACCCCCACUGUACAGUGCCAACCAUGAUUUCAAGUUCUCCUACUCUGAGAUCAAUUUCCAGGAUCUUAGCUGGUCCUUCCGAAAUCUCUACAAAUCCAUGCUGGAGAAAUCAUCUUCCUCUCAGCACGGUUUCUCUUCUCUCCUUGGUGACAUGCAGCCCUCCAACCACAACUACUACAUGUACCAGCAGCAGCAGCAGCAAGGCCCCUCAUCAGUGGGUGCUGCUCCCCCACUCCACACUCCAACCCCAGAGGGUUGCCCAUCCCAAGGGGGAAAGCAGCAGGGUGGCGAAGGUUAUGGCCCUCCACCAGUGAUGUCCAUGCACCCCCCCCCAAUGCAGCAUGGAGGCUACCACCAGCACCAACAACAUCACCCGCACUCCCACCCACAGCAGCAGCCACAUCAGCACCAGCAGCAGCAGCAGCAGUCACAGGCUUCAAUCAACAAUGCUGGCUUUGCAUUUCCCCCUGAUUGGUGCUCCAACAUCGAUUCCCUGAAGGAAAGCUUCAAGAUGGUAAACCGGCUGAACUGGUCUAGCAUUGAGCACUCCCAAUUCUCAGAGCUGAUGGAGAGUCUGCGCCAGGCUGAGCGGAAGAACUGGACGCUGGAUCAACACCAUAUUGCCAACCUCUGCGACUCCCUUAAUCACUUCCUUACCCAGACUGGUCAGCUCCCUCAUCUGGUUGGCCCGCAGCAGCCCCCCCGAAUCUCUGAUUCUUGUGCCCUGAACAGUGGCAAGCAGGAGCAAUCCAUGAACCAAGUGAACUCCUAUGGUCAGCCCCAGCCUCCCCAUCUCUUCUCCGGGCCAUCUCCUAUGUACCAGAUUUCCACCCAGGACUCUCCGGGAUAUAAUCGCCCAGCUCACCAUCUGGUCCCUCGGCCUCCAGGGCCUCCUCCAGGCGCCAAUGAGGAAAUCCCCGAUGAUUUCGACUGGGACUUGAUCACCUAGCGAGUUACAGACUUGAUAGCCCGUCCUUUGUGAAGGACGUGGGAGGGGAGGGGGACGGGGACAUGGGGUGAAUGGUGCCAGCACCACCCUCCCCAGCCUCCCUGCCUUGCCUGUAUAUAGAUAUAUAUUCUCUAUCUCCGCCAGAGAACCCACCGCAAGAUGCUGCCGAAGAUAAUCCUUCCUUGCGUCCUGUUUUAUCUUCUUUUUCUUCUUUUGUUUAUUAUUAUUGUUAUUAUUAUUACCAAUAAUUGAGCACAGCCCUCCCCCUCCUCUGGUGGCCUCGGAUGCAUCGGAUCGGCUCUUUCGUGUUGCGUGGUGCCCUGUGGAGGGCGGAAAGAUGGGUCCUUGGUGCCAUGAAAAGACCUCGGAAGGCUGAAUCCUCGAGUGCAUCUUUCUCUGCCUCCGUC